GUAAUGGAAGACCUGUUGCUCGUUUAUUCUCUUCCACGGAGUUGUGCAGAGAGAGAGAGAUGGAGAGUGGAUUGGCAGUGGUGGACAAAGUUGGUGGGCGAUCCACUCUCACACGCUGCUUUGCUAAGUACCCACUUAAACUAAUAUCUCCCACAAAGGUGGGUUCAUGCAAAUCAGAUGUAGUGUGGGUUUACAUGGUUUCUUUUGGAGGGGGCAUGGUAUCGGGUGAUCAUGUAUCAUGCGCGAUGAGUGUGGGAGAUGAUUGUACGGCAGUCUUGACCACCCAAGCUUCUACAAAGGUUUACAGGGCGGUGGAUUCAAAGAGCUCGGAUCAAUCUCUCCAAGUAAGGGUUGGGUGCAACGCACUUGUGGCUGUUCUUCCUCAUCCCGUGACAUGCUUUGCCACUGCAAAAUACAAACAGAAGCAAGUGUUCAGUGUCUCCCGGAGCUCAAGUCUGGUGGUCGUAGACUGGGUCACAAGCGGGCGUUAUGAAUGUGGAGAGAAGUGGGCAUUCAACAGCUACAACAGCACCAAUCACAUCAUCUCAAAUGAAGAUCAGCAACCUUUAUUGCUUGAUUCACUAGUAUUGGAGCAAGGUAGUAGUAUGAAGGGCACAUAUGGCAUGCAAGAUUACCAAGUCAUUGCCAUGAUUAUAUUGUUAGGGCAUAAGUUCGAGCAUGUACAGAAUGAGAUACAAGAGAAGGUUAAGAAGAAAAUGUCCGAGGAAUUUGGUAUGCGUCUAACAAGCAAAAGACAACAUGACAGAGAUAUGAAACCAGACCUCACCUAUGGAAGAUCAAGGCCAGAGCUGAUUGCUUCUUGUAGUACGUUUGGUCCGAAGGAUGCGGGAUUGGUGAUUCGAGUUGCUGCGACAACUACUGGAUUGGUUUACAAGUUUUUGAAAGAACACUUAGCUAGUCUAGAGCCUCUUCUAGGAGCAUCACCAUAUUACUAACCCAAUUCAAGAUUGUUUGUUUCUCUGUAGUAAGGACAUUGAGAGAGCAUGAUUUGCAUAUCCAGGAAGGAGCAUAUACAAGUUAACUAGUCUGAGAAUCUAUGCUGAAGAGUGUGACAUCGACAAUUCUCACUUCAAGAGACUUGGCGCUUUUCAUUGCACAUCAAUUACAGCUUUAUUUAAAAUUCUUAAAAGUGUAUGAAUGUUAUCUAAAAUUCUCGAAAAUAUUCACCAAAUAGAUUUCACAAACUUAGGAAAUAUUGGGGGAACAUUUUGUUAUUGAUGUCAAUAUUUCAUACUAGUUGUUUAAGACUAAAGAAUAACAUUUAAGUGCAA